GUUCGAAAAUGAUGUUGAGAGCCAUUGGGAUUGGGAGGGUGGAGAGUAAGUUCAGUGGGAGGUCUUUGAGAUUCUCUUGCAGAGUGCUUUCGGUUUCAAGCAGCAAAGCUGUAGUGGAUGUAACCACUAAAGAUGGAGAGCUGAGGGUGUUCACUGUCUCUGGAGAGGUUUCUGGAGAUGCCAUCGCUUCUCGUCUUAUGGCUUCUCUUAAAAAGCUCUCUCCCUUUCCUAUCCGUUUUUUUGGUGUUGGAGGGUCCCUGAUGGCCAAUGAAGGACUAAAAUCCAUAUUCCCCAUGGAGGAUAUUGCAGUAAUGGGCAUCUGGGAAUUGUUACCACACUUAAAUAAGAUGAGGUUGAAGUUGAAGGAAGCAACAGAGGCUGCCCUUUUGUUUCAGCCUCAUGUUGUAGUGACAAUUGACUCCAAAGGGUUCUCUUUUCGCCUCCUUAGACAAUUACGAGCUAGAUAUGGUGAGCGAGGUUUACAUAGUCCUGUUCACUUCCAUUAUGUGGCACCAUCAUUUUGGGCAUGGAAAGGAGGUGAAGCAAGGCUCAAAAAUCUCCGUGAGUUUGUUGAUCAUUUAUUAUGUAUCCUACCAUUUGAGGAAGAGGUUUGCAGAUCACAUGGACUAGCUGCGACCUAUGUUGGUCAUCCAAUCCUAGAAGAUGCACUAUACUUGAAUAUGGGAAAGAACAAUACCACGAUUAAUUUGAGGGUGCAAGGUGACUGUGACAGCUUUCGAAGUAAAUAUGGAAUACCUUCAGGAGCAACAGUCAUCACAUUGCUUCCGGGAAGCAGAUUACAAGAGGUUAAGCGGAUGUUUCCAAUUUUCUCAAGCACUAUGGAAUUAUUAAAGGACUCCUUUCCCGAUUUGACAACAGUCAUUCCUGUCGCACUUAAUCAGCAUGUGGAAAACUAUAUCCAGAAAGCCAUGAAGAGGUGGCCUGUGUCUGCAGUGUUGAUUCAUGGGGGAUCACCCCAGUUGAAAUAUGAUGCAUUUAGUAUACAAAUUGCAUUAUCUCUCAACAUGAAUGAAACUUUGCAGGCAAGCACGGCUGCAUUGACUACUUCUGGAACGGCUGUUUUGGAGUUGCAGCUUGCUCGGUUACCAUGUGUUGUUGCAUACAGAGCCCAUUUCCUUACUGAAUGGUUUAUCCGCUGGAAAGCAAAGAUACAAUAUAUUUCUCUUCCCAAUAUUCUCCUGAAUUCAGCAGUUAUUCCUGAAGCUCUCUUUCAGGAUUGCACGCCAAAAAAUCUAGCUGCUCUCCUCAUGGAAACUAUUCAUAAUAAGGGCCUUCGGGAGAAGCAAAUCAUCACUGCUGAAAAUGUGCUUGGGCUUCUUUGUCCUUCGGACCCAAAUAAAAGCAAUAUUAGACUACAGGAAUCGAGAUCAGGGUUACCUAAUUACACCCCAAGUAUGAUAGCAGCGCAUACAAUAUUAUACUCUGUGAAACAGCAGUGACAAGUAAUCAGGUUCUCAUAA